AUGGUUGCGGCCGGGAUUCUCGUCUUUAGGGACGAUGAAUCCCUCCGUGUCGGUGAAAGAAUUGGUGGUGAACUUCUACGAGCAAUUGAGAAUUCCAAGAUCUACAUUCCCAUAUUCUCCACAAAUUAUGCUUCGAGCCACUGGUGCCUCCGAGAGCUCGCAUACAUGGUCGAGUGCACCUCGAAAUUGAAUGGGAACAAAGAGAUUCUGCCGAUUUUUUUCGACGUGGAACCUAUUGAUGUCAAGCUCAAAACAGACUUAUACAGACAGAAUCUUUCACAGAUCCGGAAGAAGUUUCGCACUGAAGUAAAGUCAUGGGAAAAGGCUCUGAUUGAUGUGAGCAAGAGAAAGGGAUGGAACUUGAAGAAAGAUGAAGGCCAAGGAAAUCUGAUCCAAUCAGUGAUUCAAGCUGUCUUGGCUAAGCUGAAUGUCAGUUAUAAAAAUGUGACUGAACAUUUAGUUGGAGUUGAUGAUCGUGUAGAAGCUAUAAUCAAGAUGUUGGAUGCGAAAUCAGAUAAUGUGCAAUUCCUUGCAAUCCACGGAAUGGGCGGUGUUGGCAAAACUACACUAGCCAAAGUCGUCUUCAACCGACUGUCUUCUCAGUUCCAAGGCUCCAAUUUUCUUUCGGAUGUUCGAGAGUCAUCAGAACGACAUGGCUUGGUAUAUUUGCAAAAACAAUUGUUAUCCAAGUUCCUUGAUUCUCGUUCUGUCAACCAAAUUCAUGAUGUGGAUGGUGGGAUCAACAUGAUUAAGAGGGUACUUUGUAAUAAAAAAAUUCUGAUUGUUCUUGAUGACAUUGAUGAAGAAAAGCAACUGAAAAACCUGGCAGCAAAAGAAAAUUGGUUCGGUCCUGGUAGUAGGAUUGUCGUUACUACUAGAUACAAAAGUGUCCUAAUGAUUGAUGGAGAAUCAACAGGUGAAGGCCCUUCGAAGUCUGCUAAUAUUUCAACUUAUGAAGUACAGGAAAUGGAAUUUCCUCAUGCAAUUAAGCUUUUUAGUAGGCAUGCCUUCGGGAGAGACUCUCCACCCGAUAAUUAUGUCUCCCUUUCAGAAAAAGUCGUCUCCACUUUGGGAAAGCUUCCUUUAGCUCUUGAAGUGACAGGUUCAUCCCUUUCAAGUAAAUCUAAAGAAUUUUGGGUAGACACUUUGAAGAAGCUAGAAAAAGCUCCUUCCAAAGAAGUGCAGAAAACAUUGAUGAUAACUUAUGAAAGGUUAGAUGAUGCACAAAGGCAAGUAUUUCUAGAUAUAGCUUGUUUUUUUGUUAAUGAGGAUAAAACCUACCCUUUCUACAUGUGGGAUGAUUGUCAAUGCUUCCCAAACAAUGCCAUUGAAGUCCUUUGUCUUAUGUCCUUGAUAAAAAUCAAAGAUGGCAAUACUUUUUGGAUGCAUGACCAAGUGCGCGACCUCGGAAGGGCAAUUGUCCGUGAAGAAAAUUUCAAAGAUCCUUGUGAGCGUAGUAGAUUGUGGAAUCAUCGGGAAGCCCCGAGCAUUUUGAAGCAGAAAGAGGUGGCAACUAAACUAAAAGUACUAGAUCUCAGCAAUUGCGAAUACUUAAUGAGAACACCUGAUUUAUCUACAUUGGUGUCCUUGGAGAGAUUGGUUCUUGAAGAUUGUCGCAACUUAACUGAAAUUGACCCAUCCAUUGGUAAAUUAGAGCUCCUAACUACCUUGAACUUGAAGGGAUGUGAUUCUCUUCGACAGUUGCCUGAAGAAAUAGGAUGUCUACAAGCUUUGAAAGAGAUUGUCAUGCCUAAUACGCUACUUGAACUUCCGUGGACGUUUGGUAAUUUGCGGUCAUUGUUGACCCUUGAUGUAUCAUAUAGGGUGAUUAGCAAACUGCCUUACUCGAUUGGAGGGCUAGUGAAACUUAGGCGGUUGAAUUUAUCGGGAUGUACGAAGAUAGAGGAACUCCCAGAACCAUUCGGGGAGUUACAAUCCUUAGUCGAGUUGGAUUUGUCAUCGACAAGUUUGGGUCACUUACCUGAUUCAAUCAGCAAUCUAAAGCAAUUGAAAAUACUAAGGAUGACCCGCAUAAGUCGGAUAACAAAAUUACCAAGUGCGAUUGGGCUGAUGGAGAAGCUUGAAGAGUUAGAUGCUAGUAGAUGUUACAACUUGACUGGCAAAAUCACUAAUGAAAUUGAGAGAUUGUCUUGUUUGAGGAUCCUGGACUUGUCAUACACACUUAUAUCUAGCUUGCCCACCGCAUUGAGUUACCUCUCUAAUCUGCAAAUACUUAAGUUGGAAUCAUGUCCUGAGCUUCAAGGGUUGCCGAAGCUUCCCUCAAAAUUGAUUGUUCUAAAAUGGACCGCUGAUCCUGACAAAUUCUAUGAAGGCAUGAGAUUUACGCAGGCGAGUGCUCUUCCCACUAUUGUCAGUCCCCCAUUAAAUCUGCCGAGAGUAGAGUUCAGCAGCACCAUGCAUGUUCGGGGCCAUCUCCCGUCUAUUUUUAAUUUUUUUCCUGGCCGAAUGCUCCCGUCUAGUUUAAGAGAGUUAGAACUUGGAAAUCUGAAGGUUGAAUCGAGGAAUUUUUCCAAUUUGAAGAACUUGUCAACCUUGCGAUUAGCUAGUUGUGUGAUGUGGGGAUACAUUAGUAAGACUCAUCAUCUGACGCGUGGGCAUGAGUUCCUCAUGAGUGCACUUGAUCUGUCGCCCAUGAAGAAUCUACAAGAGGUACAUUUGCUGGGGUUCAGGUGUUUAGUCGAGCUUUGCGGCCUUGAAGAAUUGGGAUCCCUUUGCUUCUUAUCGAUCGUGGAUUGCAAUUCCAUGGAAAGGAUGUCAGACCUAUCGAAAUUGAGAAAGCUAAGGAAGCUCAGAGUAGGAAAAUGUCCGAAGCUAAAAAGGCUGGAAGGUCUGAACUACUUGGAAUCUUUACAGAAGUUGUGGAUUCACGAUUGCUGGUCGUUGGAGAGUUUGGCCGACACCUCAGAUUUGCAUUUAGAAUGUUCCACAAUUGAACGUUGUGAGUGGUUGCGCAACCGUAACAGUUAUUGUAGAUGUCAUGAUAACAAAGAUUCGGUCGACCACGCUGGAUACGAAGCAGAGGCCGAGAGAGCUCUAGCUACUGCCUGUGUGAAAAUCGGCUUUUGCGAGUGA